GUCCCGGCGGGCUGCCCGGGGUCGGCGGGCGGGCGCGCGCGGCCGUUGCCCUCCUUGCUUCGCUCCGGGGCGGGUCUCGCGUGGCCCGGAACGCGCGCGGCUCUCUGGACCGCGGGUGCUGCGGUUCUGCUCCGUAACGCAGGCCUGGUGGCAGCCCUUGAGGGGGCGUUUGCCAGAGUGGUCUCAGCCUGAAGAUGGCAACACUAAUCUUCAUUGAUAAAGAGAAUGGUGAAGUUAGUGCUGCUAAAAAUCAGCCAAGACGGCCCUCAGCAUCUUCAAAAGUUUUAUCUGAAAGAACACAGGUUGUUACUCCACUUCCAAAGAAAAUGAUCAGUACAUCUCCAGCUACAUCACUGUCUGUCAGAAAGGCUCUUGGAAAUGUGAACAGAACUCUAGAAGCACCAAGCAAGAAAGAACAGCUGAAACAGAAAAGUCAACCUUAUUCUUCAAAGAAGAUUACUGAAAAGACUGCUGGAUUAGAAAGCUGUGAUGCAGUAGCUGAAGAAGCCUAUCCAGAAAUGGAAAAUAUGUUCCCCUAUGAUCCUCUAGACUUUGAGAGCUUUGAUGUUCCUGAAGAGCAUAAGCUAAGCCACCUGACCCUGAGUGGUGUUCCCCUCAUGAUAUUUGGAAGUACAUCUGACAGACUUGUAAACAUGGUUCCUUCUCCUGUGAAGCUCCCACAAAUGUCAUGGGAGUGUGACUUGCUACAAUCAACUACUGAUUUCCUUUCUACUCUGGAUGAAAUCAUUGAUAUGCCACCUCUGAAUCAUGACUUUUAAAGUGUAUUCUGAAACUUUUACUAGUAAAAAUUUAAUGUAGUUUUGUCUUUAAU